AUGUCUGAUUCCUCCAGCUCUGAAUCUUGCAAGCCUAACAGGGAAGAUCCUGUGGCCGACGCUGCAAAUGCUUCUCAUGCAAGAAGACCUAAAGAAACGGUCUCCGGGUUCUCCUCAGCAAUCGCACUUGAUGAACAAACCAGGGAAGGCUCCAGGUAUGUGCACAAUGCCAUUGCAACUAUGGUGACUGGGAUACUAUCUGUCGUCUUAGGAAAGAAUGUAUCUGACGAUGCUGAGCAAACUGAUGCUCAUGAGGAGUCAAAUAUUGACAAACCCUUAGACAAUAUGGGUGGUGAGGAAGUCCGUGUCACUCAUGAUGUUAGUGACAACCCUAAUUGUGCAGCUGAAACCGUAGACCUAGAGGAGUUUUCUGAUAAUGAGUGGAAGUAUGUUUAUCACAAGAGGCUGGCUUUAGAAAGGGAACUGGCUCAGAAUGUCCUGGAAUGUAAGGAGAUUAUAGACCUGAUUCAAGAGGCAGGGUUAAUGAAAACUGUGACUCAACUCUCAAAGUGCUAUGAGACUUUAGUAAAGGAGUUUAUUGUCAAUGUGUCUGACGAAUGUGCAGAUGGAAAGUCUAGGGAAUUCAGAAAGGUAUAUGUGCGAGGCAAGAAGUGGCCUCUAAAAGGUAAGUUGGUGGCCAGCAAACUCAGUGUCAAGUAUGCUAUGCUGCACAAAAUUGGAGCUGCCAACUGGGUGCCCACCAAUCACAAAUCUACAGUGGCUGUGAUGCUUGGAAAGUUCAUAUAUGCUGUUGGAACCAAAGCCAAGUUUGACUAUGGAACCUACAUUUUUGAUCAAACCAUGAAGCAUGCAGGAAGCUUCAGCGUAAAGGGGCCCAUAGCCUUUCCUUCCCUCAUAUGUGGUAUUGUGUUGAAUCAAUUUCCAAACAUAUUGACAGAGAAUGAUUUUGUGAAAAGAAGAGAGAGUCCUUUGGCCUUCAAUCAUAAACUAUUCCUAGGUAAGCAUGUCCCUGACAUUGCCAUGACAAUAGGAGAGACAUCAAGUGUUUGCAAUCAACCAGGUAAAGCUGCUGUCAUUGCCAUACUCAGAGAGACAUGCAAGGAGCUAGAGGCAAGGAAGCUCACUUUGGAAAAUUUGAUUAUCAAAUUGGAGAUGUCUGAUGGUGGUGUGCUUGGUGAAGCUGCUGAUGCUGCAGAAGGAGUUGCAAGGCAAAGUGCAGAGGGUGAAGAGGAUGCCAGUCCUGAUGAUGGCACGGAUGAUGAGGCUGACUCUGAGUCAGAUGAUUAA